AUGGAAGAUGAAGAGGGAUACAUGGCAUUAAAGCCCCGUCCACAUAAAGAAGCCUCCCCACGCUGUUCCCACGUUCAGAGGGAUGAAGGUGUUGCCAAAUGGUCCAAACAAUCCAAAAUCUCACUAGGGAUAUUAGCGGCAGUCUGUGGCUUUCUGGGACUGGCUUUGAUCGGGUUGCUCAUUUCUUAUGACCUACGUAUCACUAUUGGGCAAGUUUUUCAGGGCAGUUUUCACAACAAAGAGACUGCAAUGGACCGGAAUGGCACCAAGAAUGGAAUGAGACACCUGAAAGGACUCAAGAGAAGGGAGGAUAGCUCCUGUACUGAGGAUAUUGUCAUUCACCUGUGUGAGCCAUUCACAGGGAAUUCCCAGUGUAAACUCUGUCCCAUCAACUGGACUUCCCUGAAGGAAAAGUGCUACUGGUUUUCUAAAGAAAAAAAGGAAUGGCUUUGGGCCUACGAAGACUGUGCCAGGAAGAGAGGUCAAUUGCUUGUGGUGCUGGACUUGAAUGAAAUGGAGUUCAUACAGAAUAUCACUGAAGAGAACUAUCCGGUUUGGAUUGGACUUAAUUUUACAUCUCUUGUGAAGAACUGGACCUGGGUAGAUCAUUCGGUGUUAAAUCACAGCUUGUUCUCACUUCCUCUCCCUACAGCUGGAAUCAGCUGUGGAAUUGUUAAGGGCAAACAAGUUCGCUCUGAAAUGUGCAGUGCUGAAUUUCGGUGGAUUUGUGAAAAGAAAGUUAUUUUCUUCUAGCAUGCAAGUGCGGCAGGACGCCAGUCUU